GGAAUUUCACAGAGUGCGCCAGCCAGGAGACGAGCCUCUGCUCACCGCAUCGACUUUGCGCGCCUUCUGCUAUCCCUGAAUGUUCAGGGCCACAGUUGGUGUCAUCCUUCCCACAAAUAGCCACACGUAAGCAUGGCAACAUUGCCCGGCGCGGCAGCCGCUGCGCCGGGCGCGAAUGCUGAAGUGGGCGUGCCUGAACCAAGCUUGGAGCCGCAGGAUGCACUCCAGCAACGCAUCGCCCUGGCAGAGGGACUUCUUGCUCUUAAUGAGGCGGAUGCAAUGCAAGCCUGGCAGCAGCUGCCGCGUGAGGCGCUGCUGGAGCAGGUCGCCAAGUACCGGGGUGCUGUGCGCGACAUGGCGUCGGCGCUUCGCUCCUCCACUCUCCCGGGCGGGGUCAGUGAGGGCGGCCUGCCCCACGCCGACGAGCUGCUGGUGCUCGGCCGCGACGUCGCCCACCACGCCGCCCUCGCCGUCUCCGCCGCGGCUGCGGCCGCAGCUGCCGGCGGCAGCGCCGGCGCCGCAGGCGCCGGCCCCGCCGCAGCCGACGACGACGCGGCAGCGGCGGCCGCAGCCGACCCCGACGCUGCCGCUGCGGGCGGCGAGUUCUCGCACCUGGGAGAGGAGGGCGUGGAUUACACCUUCGGCAACGUGGACGAGCUGGAUCCAUCCGAGUGGCAGGUGCCGCCGCACUGCGUGCCCAUCCACGCCAACGUGACCACCUUUGACUGGCCCUCGCUCUACAGCCACGCCCAGUUCGACGUCAUCAUGAUGGACCCGCCGUGGCAGCUUGCUACAGCCAACCCCACGCGCGGCGUGGCGCUGGGCUACAGCCAGCUGAACGACGACCACAUCAGCCGGCUGCCGGUGCCGCAGCUGCAGCGGCAGGGCGGCUACUUGUUCGUGUGGGUCAUCAACGCCAAGUACAAGUGGACCCUGGACCUGUUCGACAGAUGGGGAUACAGGCUGGUGGACGAGGUGGUGUGGGUCAAGAUGACGGUCAACCGGCGACUGGCCAAGAGCCACGGCUACUACCUGCAGCACGCCAAGGAGGUGUGCCUGGUAGCCAAGCGCGGCAACCCGCCUGUGCCCCCCGGGUGCGAGGGCGGCGUGGGCAGUGACAUCAUCUUCAGCGAGCGCCGCGGCCAGAGCCAGAAGCCCGAGGAGAUCUACCACCUCAUCGAGCAGCUGGUGCCAAACGGCCGCUACCUGGAGAUAUUCGCGCGCAAGAACAACCUGCGCAACUACUGGGUGUCCAUCGGCAACGAGGUCACAGGCACCGGGCUGCCUGACGAGGACAUGCAGGCGCUGCGUGAUCUUCACCACAUCCCCGGCGCCGUGUACGGCAAGAACGGUGGCGGCGGCGGCGGGCCCAGCAACGGCGGCGCAGCGCCGCCCGCCAGCCGCGGCCCCAGCGGUGGUGGUGCUGCCCCGCCGGCGGCGGCAAGAGCGGCAGCGGCCAAACCCCCGCUGCCGCUGGGACCGACUGCUGCAGCUGCAGCUGCGGCGUCUGCAGCCGCCUCGACGUUGGCCGAGGCAGCGGCGGCGGCGGCAGCAGCUGGUGCGGAUGGUGAAGUCCAACAGCAGGACGUGGACCUGCCUAUGCCCCAGGCGGAGGACGCUGGGGAUGCUUUGCCGACACCUCUGGCAGCGCCACCGCCGGCCGAGGUGGCGGCAGCUGCGCAGCGGCAGGGCGCUGGCGGAGCCGGAGCGGGGCCAGGGGCGGGGGAGCCGGAAGACGUGUCAAUAGGCUUGGGGAGCCUGCCGAGCUUGGGCAUGUUGGAGUCGGCAUUGCGCAGCGGCGGUGUUGGAGUCUGUGGCGGCGGUGGAGGGGCGCUAGAGACGUGCGCGCGGGGCGGCGGCGGCGGUGGCGGUGGCGGGCGGCCAAGUGUUGGGCCGGGGCUGAGCGGCCUGAGCGCGGGGCCGCUGCGCUUCGAUUGAAGCAUUUUGGGGCUGGGAGUGCUACGCGGGUGGCGAUUUGGGGUUCGAAGCUUAGCGGUUUGGUGUAUUCAUGGUGCAGCGGGUGGCCUAUUGGGGCUUGGGUGGGCCUGAGGUUCCCGGAUGUGUAUGUUGGGCAAGCCUGGGGCUGGUUGGCCUAUUAGCAGGAUGGGGGCAGCUUCAUGCGGGCGCGGGUGUGAGGUACCGGUAGAUUGCUGGUGUGGUCUACAGUCUACAGACACAAUCUUCUCCUCUUGGGCGGCCUAGGGUCGCGUUAACGUGGAGGAGAGAAAGAGCCGCGGAUGCACGCUUGCAUGAGGAACAGCGCCGUUUCGGAGAGCUGAGCAAGGGGGUCUCAAGAGUCUCUGGGCACAACACGUGGCACUUGAGGUUGGUGCCAGUAUUGAGUCUGGUGCCGACAGACAGUUCCUCGGUUUCCAGUAUCGCUCCGGGGUUCAGCCAUUGGGGGCGGGAGUGGGACAUGGAGUGGGGCUCUUCGCACCACGGGGGCAGCCCUGCCUCGCCCAGCAUGCCUUCUGCCUAUACAGUCCUUGCGCCUUCGGUUGCAGGCCUUCAGCGCCAGUCCUUGCGCUUGCGUUUGCAGUCCUGUUUCGUUGUCUGAACAGCCAAACGCGCAUGCGAUACGGUAUCUCCAUGACUCCAUCACUCCAUCAGGCCACCACUGUAAAUUGUUCCAUCGUCCAAAGGGCGGC